UGGCUAACUCCUAAAGAGAAUGCUGAACGUAGGAUAUUUCCAAAUCACGGCAGUAUCGGAUCCAGAAAAAUUGUGCAGAAAAUGCUAGACGGAAAUGUUGUUCAGAUUUGGGAUUCUAUCCUUCUUGCCAGUGGUGCACUCAAAAUUUCAGAAUCUUGCAUUUCAGAAUGUUGUAGUGGGAAGCAAAAAACUUCUGGUGGCUGGCGUUGGAUGUACUAUGAAGAUCACAUAGAGCCUGAUCCAAACAAAGAAUGGAGGGAAAUAGAGCUUGAUUCACGAAAAUUCAGAGUUUCAUCUCUUGGAAGAAUUUAG